UUAGCCUUUUUGCAUUCUCUCUCUGCCUCUGUUGUUCUGAUGAUCGAACCCACGUUGUCGUAUUGAUGGAACGAAGCUCUUUCCUUACUUGGCACUUUGAUAUGCUAAAAAAAGACGCCAAAAGUUCGAGCCUGUGUGAGCAAUUUGAGGGCCAAAAAAGUUUCUUUCUUCCUUCUCUGUUUCAGUUAACCUUUGAUCUUUCGAUGGCUUGGCUUUCUGAUGCCAAAUUUAGAAACCCAGUUUUCGCAUUGUUUGAUUUGAGCCUUUUCCACCAGAAAGUUUCUGCCUUUGGCUUGCCUAUGGGAGUGUCCUUGUUUGGUUAAUUGAAAUUUUCAAAAGCUUUCUCGUUACUCUUCUCUCUCUCUCUCUCUCUCUCGAGGUGGUGUGUAAUACUUGGAAAUGAAUGGGAAUGACGGGGAAGAAGAAGAACAACCUGGUUUUGAAAUAGGCUUGGUGGUUCGAAACAGAAUUCUCAGGCAAGAAGAUGACUCUAUCGAUUGCAUGGAGGUUCUCCUUAAGGAACUCAGACAUGUUGGAUUUACUGUCGAAACUGUUCGUGGCUUCACAGAUGGAUUCAUCAAGCUGUCUGCAACUCUGGAGAGAUUGGGGCAAGCUGCAGCAGAUUUGCAGCUUAGGAAACCUACUUACAUUGGAAUCGAUCUCCCAUUUCAGUGGGAGGAUGUGAAUGCAUUUGUGAGACAGCCAGAUGGUAAAUUAUUCAGCUGGUGUGAACGUUUCAGAUGUUACCAGCACAUGUUGUAUGGCAUUCGAAAUAGAAGCCAGUCGGACAUAAGUCUAAAACUGGAUGGGAGAGAACUGGUCUGGAAAAUUCGGGAACCUUUACUGCAGACAUUGGAAUUGGAGGGCAUUCUCAAGCACGUUUUCCCUCUUCAUGAUGAGGUUAAGAGGAAGAAGCUCCUCAAAAGUUGGGUACUCAACAAGAGAAACUAUACUAACCAGGACAUUGAUGACAUGUAUUCAUACUUCGGAUUAAAGAUUGCCAUUUACUUUGCUUUCCUUCGGAUGUAUGCACGUUGGAUAGUGUUUCCUGCUCUAUUGGCGGUUAUAGUGCAGUUGGUCAAUUUCGGCUCGAUGCAGUUCUUAGUCCUACCUGUGUUCUUCACAAGCACAACCUUAUGGGCCGUCUUGUUUUUCCAGUUCUGGAAACGGAAGAAUUAUUCCCUUAUAUCGAGGUGGCAGAUAAAUUGCUCGGUUACCGCAGGACAAGGAUACAAGUUCUUGGGAAUGGAAUGCACUUCCUUAAAGACUCGACUAGAGCUGCUGAAAGCUAUGGGGGAUAGGAACAGAGAGAAAGCAGUGUAUCAAAGAUAUGAAUGGUUUGGUCACCUGGUUCGGUUUAGAAACAAUGCUCUUAUAAUCUUAGGCAUUGUAUGUCUACAGUUGCCCUUUGAAUUGGCCUAUGCUCAUCUCUACGAGGUUCUUAAGUCCGACAUUACCAAGUUUGCAUUAACUGCUGGCUACAUUUUUCUGAUCCAAUUCUUCACAAAGCUAGGGGCUAGAGUAUCAGUGAGGCUCAUAAAGUAUGAAAACAAUGAGAACUCACAGUUUCAGGCGGACAGCUUAGUGUACAAAGUAUUCGGUCUCUACUUCAUGCAAUCGUACAUUGGAGUUUUCUAUCAUGCACUUCUCCACCGUAACUUCUUGACCCUUCGCCAGCUGUUGAUUCAGCGUCUCAUAAUCUUCCAGGUAUUGGAAAAUGUGUUGGAACAUUCACUACCUUAUGUCAAGUACAGCAUCAAGAAGUAUAGGGCUGUCAGAAACAAGAAACACCGACGCACUGCAUCUGGCGGCAAGAAGGUUCACUUCCACUCCAAAGUGGAGAAAGAGUACCUAAAGCCUGCUUAUAAUGCAAGCAUAGGCGAUGAAUUAGAAGAUGGCCUUUUUGAUGACUAUUUGCAGUUGGCGUUGCAGUUUGGAAUGAUUAUGAUGUUUGCAUGUGCAUUUCCCCUAGCAUUUGUUUUUGCUGCUGUGAACAGCUUCACGGAGGUUAGAACUGAUGCACUGAAGCUGCUCUCCAUGUUCAGAAGGCCCGUCCCUCGUGCUGCUGCCACUAUCGGAGCUUGGAUUAACAUAUACCAGUUCUUAAUAGUCAUGUCGAUCUGCACCAACUCGGUUCUUCUAGUAUGCAUGUAUGAUCAGGAGAGGAAAUGGCAGAUAGAACCAGGACUUGCAGGAAUUCUCAUCAUGGAACAUGUCCUUCUGCUGAUUAAAUUUGGAUUCUCUCAAUUCGUUCCCGAGGAACCGGCUUGGGUAAGAGCAAGACGAGUCUGGAAUGCAGAGCAAGUGCAGGAUGCCUGCGCUAAACAGCUUCUGAAGAGCUUCCCAAGCCGGGAGAAGAAUUUCGAAGAAAAGAAGGUCGAGUGAGAAAGACUAACUAACUGUAGGGAUAAUACAAACCAUCAUAGACAAAGGUUAGCUUCUGCUAUUCCAAUUUUGUAAGCUAAGUAGUCUUUUUUUUUUUUGCAUUCUCCUUUCUUUCUUUUGAUUUGUUUCUUCAUAUUGUUUGGUAUAUUCCUCAUGUAUAGCAGAACAAUCCUGUUGAGUUGUAUUCCUUUCAUUGAAGAAAUUGAAAUGAGAUGAGAUGAAAAGAAAAGAAAAAUUAUUUUCUUCAAUGGAAUAGUUAAUUGAAUCUGUACAAAUCAAAUGUUGGUUACAAAGGAAAUGAACAUUAUGAUUAUUGAUGAGAUGCCUACACAUAUUUUAUUUCACAAUCUUGGUGAUAUUGAUGAUGAGGAUGACGCCAAUGGUGGUUGUAACGACGAUGGUGAUGAAGAAGAAGAAGAAGAAGAGGAAGAAUCGGAGGAGCUUCUGAUCCUGCUGCUCUUCCUCAAGGAGCUACCAAGGCGGCCACUGACUUGCCGGGCAUAAGUUGCAACAGCUUUAGCCCAUCUCCUGAUCUCAGCUUUCAGCUUCCCGGAAUCUUGAUUCUCCAAUGACUUCUUAGGCUCCAUCGACACCUCCUUGAACGAAAACCACUUGCCAAACCUCCUACGUUUCGUGCCAUUUGCUGCAGCAUGAUCAUUGACCUCGGCAAUCGCUUGCCUGUUGUUUUUGUUGUGAGCAGAGAGGCUGCUCUUCUUAACAGACAUAUCAAAAGCAGGUGGUCGGUUUGCUUGUUGGAGCGAGCAGGGUUUUGGCUGAGGAGCAGCCAGACCUGCAAUGCAAGGAGAGAAUUGUGGGGUGGGAAUACGGGAAGUCUGUGUGUAUAUAAAUGGCGGGGGUUUGGCGUGCUGGAGAAGUAUAUUAAGACAAGUAACUUGGCAAGUUGAGAGAAAUGGUUUGCAAGAAACAUCAAAUGGCCAUUGUUUGUACUUUUUUCCAAUUCCAAUGCGUGUGGCACUUGGAGAAAGAAAACUACUUGUUGACUGGAGACUUUUCAGCAAAAGAUGCUUCUGGUUGAGGAGAUAUUCUUGCUUAGUAAAAACUGUGGGUUUUGAGGCUGCCAAUUAGGCUUGGUCAAUGGUAGGUUUAAGAACUGAUUACAAGUCUUUAUUUUGAGAGAGAGAAGUAGAGUUAGAU